AUGGUCUCCCAUAUCAUCACCACCACUCUCCAAGCCGCAUGUCUCUCGGCGGUGUCCAACCUCGCAGCCCAAGGCAUUAAGGCUUACCGCGAAUCGCUUCCUUUCACAGUCAAGCUCGCUCCCCUGGCGCAGUUUGUUGUCUUUACUUUGAUCUCCUGCCCGCCCAACAUCCUCUGGCAAGAAUACCUCGAAUACAAAUUUCCCGGUUACACAGUCGCACCCAUCUCCCCCUCGACCACCUCCUCCUCGCCGACCGCCGAUACGCAACUGCACAUCCCGAACACGCUCCGCAAAUUCCUCUUCGACCAGACCUUGGGGGCAUUCGUCAACACGGUCGCUUUCGUCGCUGCGAUGGCCGCCUUCAAGGGCAAGUCCGCCAAGGCCGUACAGCGAGAGGUGGAGAGGGAUGUCAUCCCGUUGAUGAUCAGCAGUUGGAAGCUCUGGCCCUUUGUGGCGUUGCUGAAUUUCACUCUCGUGCCUGUGAACAGGAGGGUGAUUGUGGCGAGCGUCGUGGGCUUGUUCUGGGGUAUUUACUUGAGCUUGUUUGCCGCGUUGGAUUAA